AGUCCGGUGCAUUUGCGGGAUUUCUUAUCCCAUUUUAGGUAAAGAAUCUUCUUUUUAAAUUCCCCAAAUAUUUUCCCGCAAGCAUGCUUCCAUUCAAAAUGAAGCAUCUCAAUAUUUUAUUCAUCCAUAAUUCCUUUACAUAAAUAUCAGAAUCCAAAGCACUUCCAGGAUAAAUCGGGAAAACAUGGAGAAAUUCCUGACUAUCGUUGCCUUUACAUUCAUGGGAUUCACUUUACAUUUGGGUGAAUGUCUGCAUUGUUGGGAAUGCAAUUCCAAACAUGAUCCAAACUGUGGUCAUCCAUUUAAAAGACACACGGUUGCACUCACAGAUUGUAGUCAACGAUUCAUCCCACACAAUAUGUCUAUUGGAGCGACCAUUUGCAGAAAAAUCACCCAAAAAGUUCGAGGAGAAGAAAGGAUAAUUAGAAGCUGUGGUUUCUAUAAUCCAGAAGAUGCCGGUACUUGCAUCAGUCGUGCUGGUACACACAUGGUAUUUAUGCACUACUGCCAAUGUGAAGGAGAUGGCUGUAACAACUCCAAUCUCUUGCAUCCUCAGUACACUCUCCUGAAACUAGCAUUUCUGUUCUUACUUCUUUACUCUCUUACAUGAAGACGAACAAAUUUAUACGCAUGUGCUAUGCGUAUUCUCAGAUGCUUAUUCUGAGCAUAAAACACGAAUCAAUUUAAAACAAAGUUGAGUUUUUUACAUCUAUACACACUUAAAGUAUAUUUACAUGUUAAUUAGUAAGAUUUUUCAGAGAAAUUUUUAGCGGACAAUAGCGUACCAAAAAUUCUCCUGUCGGAAUAUUGAUUUACCACUUUGAGAAAAACCACCUCAAUGAGCCUUGCGCGGAAAUGAGAUAAAAACGAGAUGUAAAAUGAUUCACGUUUACUAUAACUUUUCAAUGGAUAUAAAGCAUAUAUGUAGGACUGUUUAUCGAAUUUGAAUUGUUUUUUUAAAAAAUAAAAAACCUAUAAUUUUAGCUUUUACUUCAGUCUAAAAUUUUUCACUUGUAAAUAUAUAAGUUAUAGUUGUAAUUAAUCAAGGUUGUUGUGAGUAUUCAACUCUUCUCGAAAGCAAGCAAGAAACGACGUGGUUUUACUUCCAGUUUUUCUCAUUUCCAGGAAAAAGACUUCCAGCAGGAAGGCGGGAUUAUAAAAUUAUUGUUUUUUUUUUUUUUAUAGGAACUCUUUCUUUUGGACACGAUUUGUCGAUUUAUCGUAUAUAUUUUUUUGUAAAACUCGUAUAAUUCUUGUAAAAGAACAGGAAAAAAAAUGAAGGUACAUUUAAUUUUAGGGUUAGACAUUAUGAUUAAGGUUAAAAUUAAUAAUUUAAAAUUGAAUUGCCAGAGGGAUCUCUAAAAAUGUAUUUUAUUAUUGAAAUUUUUUUUUUGAUAAUCAAGAUUGUCUUUUGCUUUUUUUUAUAUCUUCUAUAAAUUGGAUAAAGACGUGGUAUAUUUCAAAACACUUUUUAAAUUUUUUGAGCACAGUUUAAAUUCUGUAAUUGUAAAAAAAUGGAAGAUUAAAAAAAUUUUUUUUAAUGUUUUUUAAAUUCAUAGGAGAAUAAAUUUUGAAAGAGAAAUUCGAAAGCAUAAUCGAAAUAUUCUAAUAGCAUAAAAUUAGUGUUUGAGUUCAUAAUGUAAAAUAAUAUUUUUUUAUUUAACGAACUCUUUAUUUUUCUUACGUUGAUUUU